UCCCACAAGGCAGCAGGAGCAGAGAGCAGCCAUUGCUGUGUCUGGCAGCAGGAUUACACAGUAGUUUGGAAGACAUCCGGUGAGCAUGAGACACCCAGCAGCCAUCUUUGUGUGUCAGGCGGACUAAGCAUUACCCAGAGCCCCAUCACGGUGCCUCCACCUCACUCACUGAAACAUGAAAGACACAGUGACCAGAAGUUCCUGAAACUCACCAACAAGAUCAUUCAGCUGCUGACUGGAGAGGAGGGGGGAGUAUAUAGAGGAACACAGGGGUCUGUACAAGGAUGUGAUGAUGGAGAAUCACCGGCCCCUCACAUCACUGGAUGGGCCCAGUAACAGAGAUACCCCAGAGAGAUGUCCCCGUCCUCUGUAUUCCCAGGAUUGUACAGAGGAGAAUCACAGGACCCCACAGGAGGAUCAGGUAGAACAUCUGUCUGAUAUUAAAACAGAAGAUAUAGAGGGAGAAGAGACGUAUGUGACUGAUAUAAAGGCAGAAGAUAUAAAGGGAGAAGAAGAGACGUAUGUGACUGAUAUGAGGGCAGAAGAUAUAGAGGGAGAAGAAGAGACGUAUGUGACUGAUAUAAAGGCAGAAGAUACAGAGGGAGAAGAAGAGACGUAUGUGAGGGGUGAUCAACAGUGUAAGGAGGAGGAAAUCCCUACAGAUAUCAGCACAGCAGAUGGACACACAAGCAGGAAUAUCUCAGAAGGACAUCUUAUGUUAUCCCCGGAUUGUGACAUAAAAGAUAAUGACAGUAGACAGGAUUCUCCAGGAGAUAACCCCAUUAUCCCAAUUAUACAUCCAGCUCUAUCAGCUGGUCCUUCUGAUCCAGGGAAAUGUUCUCCUGAUCACUCUGAUAUUGGUACAUCGGUAACAGCUCUGACAGUAGACACAGUGUUUCCCUGUUCUAUAGAUGCCAUAUGUUUUACACAGAAAACAAAGCUUAUUACCCAUCAGACAGAUAAAGCAGGCAAAAGGCCAUUUCCAUGUUCUGAGUGUGGGAAAUGUUUUACAUACAAAUCAGUUCUUGUUACACAUCAGAGAAGGCACACAGGUGAGAAACCAUUUCUAUGUUCUGAGUGUGGAAAAUGUUUUUUAAGUAAAGCACAUCUAGUUUCACAUCAGGAAACUCACACAGGUGAGAAGCCAUUUCCAUGUUCUGAGUGUGUAAAAUUUUUUACACAUAAAUCAGCUCUUGUUAUACAUCAAAGAACUCACACAGGUGAGAGGCCAUUUCCAUGUUCUGAGUGUGGGAAAUGUUUUGCACAGAAAUCAGCUCUUGUUAUACAUCAAAGAACUCACACAGGUGAGAGGCCAUUUCCAUGUUCUGAGUGUCAGAAAUGUUUUGCACAGAAAUCAGAUCUUGUUGCACAUCAAAGAAGUCACACAGGUGAGAGGCCAUUUCCAUGCUCUGAGUGUGGGAAAUGUUUUAUACAGAAAUCAAAUCUUUUUACACAUCAGAGAACUCAUACAGGUGAGAAACCAUUUCCAUGCUCUGAGUGUGGGAAAUGUUUUACCCGAAAAUCAAAACUUGUUAUACAUCAUCGAAGUCACACAGGUGAGAAACCAUUUCCAUGUUCUGAGUGUGGAGAAUGUUUCACAGGGAAAUCAGCUCUUGUUAGACAUCAAAGAACUCACACAUGUGAGAAACCAUUUCCAUGUUCUGAGUGUGAGAAGUAAGUCAGCUUUGUUUCACACAAUAGACAUCACACAGGUGAGGAACCUUUUUAAUCUCAUCAUCACAAUUGCCAUGCAUUGUUUCUCAAGUUCCUGUCCUAUCUCCUUUGCUUUUUGCAAUAUGCAUGCUGCUACUGGGUGAAACAAUCAUAUCAUCCCUGGUCUACCACUGCUAUGCAAGUAACCUGUCUUUCAAUAACAUCCUAGUGGAUACUGGGGUGGUAUUCGUACCAUGGGGUAUAUAUCGAGUCCAUUAGUGUGUGCUGGCUCCUCCCCUCUAUGCCCCUUCAAGCAGACUCAGUUUAGAAAAAUGUGCCCAAGGAGCCGGGUGCAUUCUCUGGAGCUCCAGAGAGUUUUCAUCAAAAUUUAUGUUAGUUUAUUAUUUUCAGGCAGCGCUGGUUGGCACCAGUCUGCCUGCAUCGUGACACUUAGGGUGGGAACCGAACCAACUUAAUAAAGAGUUAAUGGUUCAUAUCCCCGCUGACAGGACACUCGGGUGUGAGCCCACGCCAGUAGCAUGCCGCCACCCCUAACAUGCCGAAGUAGAUGCAUUGAGUAAUACGCAGGGGUCCCAGUAAGCAGGUCCCUGGUGCAAAUGGCGUCAAAAGGGUGCGGCAGUCACAGGCCUCGAGCUGCGGUGCCUGCUGUGGACCCCACACUGGCACACUGAACAUAGGGUUACUCUCUUUAUAUACACAUGUAUUACAAGAUGGUUUUACUAUUUAUGUCAGUAUAAUCUGCUAGGGUCCGCAUGCCAUGUAAGGGGCGGGGCUUCCCAGAGAGCGGGUCCAGAGACUGGAAAGGUGCCAUUUCCUGCUGCUGGUUACAGACUGCACGCUCAAUCUGCUCCUCCACAGAGGCCACUGCACCACGUUUUGUACUGGUACCAGAGGGUCUGAUAGAAAGGGGGGGAGCGCAUAUAUAGUGGUUACACCGCUGGACACAUAACAUGUGUAAAAUAUACCCAGGAGAGCCCUGCUCUGAGCUGAGGUAUUGUAUGCUGGUCCCAGUCCUCUCUGUGUUCCUCCAAUCAGGGUUGUCUGGGUUACUGUGCUGUUCUCUAUUGUGUGUCACUGCACUGUGAUAUAAAUAUCUGUGUUUUCUGCUGAAA